AUGGGGAAAAGAGCUAUGCCCGACAGAUCAAAUCAGGCUUCAAAGAAGAAGAGGGGUGGCGGAAAAUAUGGGAAGCAGAAAAGUCGCGUUGCUAUUGAAUCUGGUGAUGUCGGCGUCUUUGUGACAUGCGAUAUGGGAAGAGAAGGAAAAUGUCUAACAGAGGCAGUGGACAUUUUUUCUCAAGCCAUUGAGGGCACUGAAAAUCAAGAGGAAGAGGAGCAAGAUACUGAUGAUGAAGAUAUCGAGGCCCAGAUCCGAAGAGAAUUGGAAGGCUUACAGCCCAACAAGGACAAACCUCGUCAAUUCCAGCCCAUCCAGAUGGAUAUGCCCUGUGUGACAUUCAUGCGUCUUGAUCCCUCAAUAGACCCCGUGCAGCUAGUGCACCGUUUGUGUAGCGAGGCACAUGCACACCCGGAGACCAAGAAGAGUCGAUGGAUUAAGCGCAUGCAUCCAGUCACGUCAAUGCGGAAGACUCUAAGUGUGGAUCUAGCGGCCUUUGCGAAGGAGAUCCUCAAGCCUCAUUUCCAUUCGGGAGGGCCACCGAAGACGUACGCGAUUCGGCCUACUGUGCGAGGCAACUCAAAGCUCAACCGAGACGUUAUUAUUAAGACUGUUGCUGAUGCGGUCGGACCUGAGCAUCCGGUGAAUUUGAAGAACUAUGAUCUAAUGAUCCUCGUUGAUGUUGCCCAAAAUGUGAUUGGAAUGAGUGUAGUGCCAGGUGACUACGAGAAGCUGAAGCGGUUCAAUCUAGCCGAAAUCUACGAGCCUUCACCGAAAGAAGAGCCAGCGGCUGCGACCACUGAAUCUAAGGCUUAG